AUGCGCCUGAGAACUGUCGACCCAUCCCUCCCGGAAGAUCUGCUGAAUGCUUUGGAUGAGCUCGGUAUCAGGACUGAUGCAGACUUCAUCUUCUCGGGGACGCCGAUGGAGCUUUACAAGAGGCUCCCGUUGGGCACCGUCACGCUCGCCGAACUCACGGCAUUCAUUGACCAGGUCAUACAAUAUGCUGCCGCUUCAGGUGUAAGGGGAGAUGUGCUUUUGCAGCGUGAAGAUGACCAGCUGCGAGGACAUCACCCAGAAGAAUUCUUGUCGGGAGUUCCUGAGCUUGACAAACUUACUGGCGGGUUCGCAGGCCCCAGAGUGAUAGAAGUAUCUGGAGACAGGGGUUCUGGCAAGACGGUUCUUGCUCUGCAGGUAGUAAUGCGCCACCUAUCUCUCAUCCCAGCCUCGGCUGCGAUGUGGAUUGACACCACAGGCGACUUCUCAGCGGAUAGAUUAACGCCUGUGGUUCAAUCUUUGACACAUCAUCCUGCUAUAGCGACGGCGGCCGAGCGGUUACAGAUUUCGCUUGCGUUUGACAUAGAAAGCAUGCAGGAGGUGCUGGAUAGCCUGCAACAUGGGACGCAGGCGUCGAGAACGCGCCUGCUCGUGAUUGACAAUAUCACGCCGAUUUUCAGGCCCUUGUUGAGCGUAGUCUCGUCGCAAGGCCACGCAAUUAUGACAAGCUUCAUGCGCCAGUUGCGGUCCUUAGCGCGAACGCACCUACUUUCCAUCCUGGUUUUGAACGGGACGAGUGCUUCGGCACCUCACAACCCACAGUCCGUCUUCCCGAAUACGGCACGAAAACCUGCACUGGGACCCACGUUUGCCUUCAUGACGGACGCUACCCUCUGGCUCGCGAAGCACCGUCCGUCCCCUGCUCCCGGGAUUGCUGACCAGAAUUCAGGCGAUACCCAUGUCGCGGAACUAUUCUGCUCGCGUACGAUGGUGAGUGUUCAUGUCUUCUCCCUUGGCGUGGUACAGAUGUUCGGUACAGCCUUCCAGGACAUGGUGCACAUUCAAGACUCGGAACGGUGUGCUCUCUUCUGCGUGAUGACUGGCCCGGCUAUCUUGCAUCUACCUCCAAAAACAAGAGGCAUAUAA